GCUCUGAGAUCGUACUGACCAGUGACCGAUCUUCGGCUAGGACAGUGAUCACACCACACCGCGGGACUGUCGGCACCAUCAGCACAAUGUAAACAAACACGUGCCGCCGCCACCGCCUGCUCGAGCCACAGCUGAUCCUGACUUGCGGGGAGCCUCGUGUGAUGUUCCCGUGUUGGUGAUACACUUUCCCUCUAGCCUUGUGCAAGAUUUUUUGUCAAGAUGACGGCGUUGAGCCCUCUCAGACAACCAGCUAAGAGAUACCUGCUGUGGUGUGCUAACGAACACAUCGAGUUUAGAAUUCCCGAAAUCAACGCAAUCUCAUCCAUGUUCAACAUUCCACUGAUGUGGAUCGACAAACCGAAGGAAGAUCCGUAUUUGAUUGUUGAAAUGAGGAAUGAGGGAGAUGCAAGAAGGCUAAUGUCUCGCUGCAUGUUGGUGCGCUCUUGCUUUGAGCUGUGGGGUCAGGGAAAUACAGAGGAAGAACUCCACUCCAGCAUCAAGUUGUUUCCACUAGACAUGAUGAAGCCUCACUUGGCUCCAGAAAAGACCUUCAGAGUUCGUGUAGAAUCUUUCAACAAAACUCUGAAAAAUGCUGAAAAGCUGAAAAAAAUUGAGUCUCUGAGCUACUUACCAUUUGAGGGGAAGGUUGACCUGAAGCAUGCCAGUACUUGCCUUCACCUGCUGGAGUACUACGGCCUGCACCCCAAUGAGACACAUCGUGGCCCUUACAAGCUGUUCCUGGGAAGAUGGGUGGUGGACGGCCAGAGGGAGCUCAUUAGUAAGUUCUCCUUGAAGAGCAGAACCUACAUUGGCAGCACUUCAAUGGAUGCUCAGCUCUCCUUCAUAAUGGCCAACUUUGCACAGGUCCAGCCAGGAAGCACUAUUGUGGACCCCUUCGUUGGUACAGGCUCGGUGUUGGUGGCAGCUGCACAGUUUGGUGGACACGCGUGGGGCUGGGACAUUGACUACCUCACUCUUCAUGCUCGCACCAAACCCACCCGCCACAGCCAGAAAGAACGGACGGCUGGGGAAUCCAUCCUGAGUAACUUUGAGCAGUACGGGCUGAAGCACAAGUACCUGGACGUUGUGGUGAUGGACAAUGCUCGGCCCUUCUGGAGGGACGUCCCUUAUGUUGAUGCUAUCAUUACUGAUCCUCCUUAUGGUAUUCGGGAGGCAAUGGAGCGUGUUGGCACCGUGAAGGGACCAAAGACUGCCGAGGACACAAUCAAACAGCAGUCAUCCUCUCAUCACUUCCCAUCAAAAAUGAACUACAACCUCUCGGAUGUUUACUGUGACUUGAUCAAUUUUGCUGCCCGACACCUUGUAGUUGGUGGGCGGUUAGUUUUUUGGCUGCCAGUGUUCAGGGAGGACUAUGAUGAGAACCACAUCCCCAGUCAUCCCUGCCUAAGGAUAGUGUUUAACUGUGAGCAGGUCCUGACAGUGCAUGCCAGCAGACGCCUCAUCACACUUGUAAAGACCAGACAUCCACAGGAAGGAGAAGUUGGCAAGUGUCAAGUCACUGAUCUCAAUGCUAAGUUCAGAGACAAGUUCUUCCAGGCGGCCUCCUUGACCAAAGAAGAGAGAGCCUCCCUGAAGUCCAUGUUUCCCCGGGACAAGCGAGGCCAAGGCUUGGCUUAUCGCCUCGGGGAAAGUAAAAACAAGACAAAGGUUUUAAAGAUGGAGGCAGCAUCAGAAUGCAGCUCAGGUAAUGUUAAUGAAGGUAGGAAUCUUGAAAAAAGCACUUUAAGAGAUGAACAAAUAAAUCAAAAUAAUUAGAUGGUGUGGUGUAAAAUAUUUUUUUCAUUAGUACACACAAAAUAUUUCCUGUUAUUUUAUAUAUCUUGCGUGAGUUUUGGUCAACUUGUGAUAAAGGUUUGUACAUUGUGUUCACUGUUGUGUAUUGUUACAUGGUUGUCAAGCUUACUGUGCUCUAUUUCUUUUUAUAUUUUUACUAUAUUUUAUUUUAAAAUGUGAAAAAUUGGUAUCAGUGUCUUUGAGCAAUAUAUCUCAUUCAUUUAU